AUGGGGAAACGACAGCAUCAAAAAGAUAAAAUGUACCUUACAUAUACAGAAUGGACUACGUUAUAUGGUGGUAAGAGGUCUGGCACUGCAGUAGAAGAAGACACCUCUUUUCGAAGACUUCCAUAUGAUCAUUGUUGCAUGUGUCUCCAACCAUUUGAAGAUCCUUAUUGUGAUAAUGAUGGAAACAUAUUUGAGUUGCAAGCUAUUAUUGAUUUUGUAAAAAAGUUUAAAGUUAAUCCUGUUACUGGCAAAAAACUAGACAUAAAAAGCCUCACUAAGUUGAACUUUUUUAAAAAUUCACAAGAUGAUUAUCAUUGCCCUGUUUUGUUUAAACCCUUUACAAAAAACUCCCAUAUUGUUGCCAUACAGACAAGUGGUAAUGUUUAUUGUUAUGAAGCAGUGGAACAGCUCAAUAUUAAAGGAAAGAAUUGGAAGGACCUCAUAAAUGAUACACCAUUUGUUAGAUCUGAUAUUAUCACAAUACAAGAUCCUAAUAAUUUGGGAAAAUUCAACAUAUCUACUUUUCAUCAUGUCAAAAAUAAUUUACGAGUUGAAACAGAAGAGGAAAUAGCAUUGAGAAAAGACCCACAUGCUAGAUUAAAAACUGUAUCAGCUGAAACUAAAGAUAUUUUAGAAGAAUUGGAAAAAGAAUAUAAAGCACCAGAAGUAAAAGAAGUUAAGAAAGAGGUUGCAGACAAGUUCAAUGCAGCUCAUUACUCAACUGGUAAAGUAGCGGCUAGUUUUACAUCAACAGCAUUGGCUCCUGAAACUAUACAUGAAGCUGCUAUUGUUUCUGAAGAUGAUGUUAAAUAUGAACGGGUCAAGAAAAAAGGCUAUGUUAGGCUGGUUACAAACUUUGGUCAGUUAAAUUUUGAGUUAUACUGCGAUUUGACACCUAAAACAUGUGACAACUUUAUAAAACAUUGCCUCAGUGGGUACUAUAAUGGUACUAAGUUUCAUAGAUCUAUCAGGAACUUUAUGAUUCAAGGUGGAGACCCAACUGGGACUGGUCUAGGGGGUGAGUCUAUAUGGAAAAAGCCAUUUGAGGAUGAAAUCAAACCAAACCUGCACCACACUGGUCGUGGUAUUCUAUCUAUGGCUAACUCUGGACCUAAUACAAAUGGAUCACAAUUUUUCAUAACAUUCCGUUCCUGUAAACAAUUGGAUGGCAAGCACACAAUAUUUGGGAAAGUAGUUGGUGGUCUUGACACGUUAAAUGCUAUAGAACAUGUUGAAGUUGACAAUAAAGACAGGCCAAUUGAAGAUAUUAUAAUAGAAGUUGCUCAAGUGUUUGUUGAUCCAUUUGCUGAGGCUGAGGAACAGAUUGCUGCUGAAAGAGCUGAGGAGAUCAAGAAACAGGCACAAUCUGGAGUCAAACCUAAAAAAGCAAACAAACAACCUCUUAAAGUAUUUAGAGAUGGAGUGGGCAAAUACCUUAAUUUACAAGAAGUAUCCUCAACAAGUAAGGCUGCUAAAGGUCAAGAAGUUCCAACAAAAAAAGCAAAAAAGGAUGGGAACUAUAAUUUUGGCAGUUUUGAUGCUUGG